UGUAGUUUGAAUGAGAUAGUUCUUUUCUGUCAAAAGUAUCUAUAUUGAUUUUCCAAGGUCUUAUAUCAACCAACAAGAAGCAGGAGUUUCUGGACUGCAGCACACCAAAGAUUUUCAUCUGGUUGUUUUCUCGUUCAAGGAUUUUUGGAACAUUUUGAGACUGAAAGUUUUUGAAAGAUUAUUGCUGUUAAGAUCAAAGGACAAGACUGAAACUGUUGAAGUCUCAAGUUUCUGAAUUCAUGUUGUGGUUCAGAAAGCACCAUUAGCUUACAAGGGAAAUUACCAAAAACAAGAAAAGGUUAAGUAUGGGCUCCAUUCAUAAGACACAAGUGGUUCUGCAUCUAAUUUUCUUGGUCAGCAUUUUAGGCUCACACUUCAUUGCAGCACAAACAGUCUCCACCAAUAGUUCUGAACCAGGUACAGAUUUGCUCGACAGAAGCAAUGUGACACAGUCGGAUGAUACUGUCAGGGUGGAUCCUCUGGACAAUUUCAAGAAAUAUAGAGGAGGAUAUGAUAUCACCAACAAGCAUUAUUGGAGUUCAACCGUAUUUACAGGAAUUUAUGGAUAUGCAAUUGGAAUUCUCUGGCUUUUGGCUGGAAUUGUAUAUGGAGGCGUUCUUAUAGCAAGUAAAUACUGUUGUAAAAGCAGGAAAGAAAAGCUGACAAAAAGGUUGCCUUGCCACAAGCAAUGUUAUCUUUGGCCUAUCCUCUUGGCUAUUAUAUUCACUGUCCUGACAUUAACUGCAUCGGGGUUAGUUCUUGGAGGGAAUCAAAAGUUUCGUUCGCGAGCAAGAACUGUGGUGAACAUCAUUAUAGAUACAGCGGAUGGUGCAUCAGGAACAAUAUAUAACACAACAGGAGCAAUGAAAGAAAUAAGAGAUAAUUUGGAAGCGUCUAAUGCAAGUGCAGGGGAAGCUUCAAGCUUCCUUACUUCCACUGCACAGCAACUCGACAAUCAAGCUGAUGAAAUUCAUAGGGAAGCUAGGAAACACAGGCGUUUGAUCGAAAAGGGUCUCAAGAUUGUGUACAUAAUAACAACAGUGACUAUUUCCUUGAACCUGGUUGCUAUCACUGCUCUUUCAGUUUGCGGAACUCUCAGGUUACGAAGAGCCCUUAACUUACUUAUUGUACUGUGUUGGAUCCUCACUGCUCUAUGCUGGCUGUUCUUUGGGGUGUAUUUCUUCUUAGGAAAGUUUUCAGGUGAUACAUGUACAGCUCUUGAAAACUUCCAAAUAAAUCCUUACAACAACAGCUUGAGUUCAAUCCUUCCCUGCGAUGAAAUGCUUAGAGCAAAGCCAAUCCUGACAGAUGUUAGUGAAGGGAUUUACAACAUUGUUAAUCAGGUGAAUACAAACAUAUCAGUAGUACAAGUGUGCAAUCCUUUCUCAGGACCGCCAGAGUAUCAAUACCAGGCAGAUAAUUGCCCUGCCAAUACAAUUAAAAUCGGAGACAUACCAAAGAUAUUGGAGCCUCUUUCUUGUUCUGAUUCCAACAAUGGAACAUGUGGUUCCGGACAAUUCAUAUCAACUAAUGAUUUCGAAGCAGUAGAAGGCUACACAACUUCCCUUCAGAACCUGCUAAAUGCAUAUCCAGGUAUGGAAAGCCUGGUAGAAUGCCAAUCAGUGAAGGAUGCAUUUUCUGAGAUCCUUACAGACCACUGCAAACCAUUGAAGAAGUACGUCCGGAUGACAUGGGGAUCAAUGCUGUUUCUCUCAUUAAGCAUGGUGUUUUUAGUUCUGAUAUGGACAGUUCAAACUCAUCAUGAGCAAGAACACCAUUCUUUAGAUAAUUCUGUCAAACCGCAUUCAUCUGCAAUGAAUGAAAUGGAUUCUGGAGAAAGAAUAGCCAUUAAUAGCUCGAAGCAUGGUGUGGUUUAGGAAUUGCAUGGCAAUUUAUUCUUUUAUUUUCCAAGAAAUUAUACCCUUCCUGGAAGUUCAAUGCGCAAGCAGAUUUCCAACAGGAUUUGGUGUCAGGAUCAAAAUUUACUUGGAUAUACAUCAAGAAUACAAGAUACAGAUUGUACAGAAAUAUAUACAAGAAGAUCGCAGAAAUCAAGAAGAUUAUACAGAUUGAAUCUAUCUACUCAGAAGGUGAAAUAUAGAGAGAAUACAAUUUUACAUAUAGGGAAGUCAAUACAUAAUAUAUUUUUUCAUUCCUUUGAUUUGGUUCAAGUUCAAAGGCAGGGGAUCAAACCCCUUAUAGAGUGUAACAAAUGUUAUUAAAGCAAUGGUAAUAAAAGUCCAAUUCAGUUCUCAAA